ACCGCGGGAAGAAGGAGCGGUCGCCAUUUUGCGAGUUGUCGGUGGAUUGGUAUUAGAUCUGGAAAGAAAAUACGCGACGAGAAUCUACGUUGAAGAGGGGGGUGCACGCAGAUCAUUGGAGAGGCAGAACGCCCAUAUAGUGUUUAUUGUUUUGUCCGACUUAAACCUCUGGUAAAGUCGCAGCCAUGAGCGAUGUUGAGGGCAGAGAUUCCCGCUCCCAUUCAAAGUCGCCAACUGAAAGUGCUGCUCGUGCAAAAUCAGAUAGUAGGUCUGCUUCACGCAGUGCAUCAAGAGGCUCCAAACGUUCAGAAUCUCGCUCUAGGUCAAGAUCAAACUCCAGGUCAAGGUCCCGAAAACAUUCCCAUAAAAGGUAUUCACGCUCCAGGUCUAGAUCCCAUUCACAUAGGAGGAGAUCAAAAAGCAGAUCAUACACGCCUGAAUACAGGAGGAGGAGGAGCCGCAGUCACUCCCCAAUGUCUAACCGAAGAAGGCAUGCUGGUAGCAGAUCAAAUCCAGAUCCAAACUGUUGCGUUGGUGUCUUCGGCUUAAGUUUAUACACAACAGAAAGAGACAUACGAGAAGUGUUUUCCCGUUAUGGCCCACUUGCUGGUGUCAAUGUAGUUUAUGACCAACGGACUGGACGUUCAAGGGGAUUUGCCUUUGUCUACUUCGAGCGCAUUGAAGAUUCCAGAGAGGCAAUGGAGCAUGCAAAUGGAAUGGAACUGGAUGGAAGAAGAAUUCGGGUGGAUUACUCUAUAACAAAAAGAGCACAUACCCCUACUCCUGGCAUUUAUAUGGGAAGGCCAACUCAUGGUGGUGGCGGCGGCGGCGGCGGAAGCAGUGGGGGCAGUGGAGGAAGUCGGCGGCGGGACUCUUUUUAUGAUAGGAGUUAUGACAGGAGUUAUGACAGAUAUGAAGAAUAUGACUACAGAUACCGGAGGCGAUCUCCUUCACCCUACUACAGCCGUUACAGAUCUAGGUCCAGAUCACGUUCUUACAGUCCUCGUCGCUAUUAAAGCUGUCGAAGCAGACAUUAAAACCGGAGUACCCAUUUUUAAAGAUUUCUUAGAAUCUCUUUACAGCUUUCUGUUUAAAAGUAUUCUUUUAUGAAACUCGACAAACUGUAUCGCUGUAGUAUUUUGUGUAAAUAGUAAGAAGCUGUUAAAUACAAGUUGCUAGAAGUAAAAUGCUGUGGCUGUUUCUAAACUUCAUGUAUUCUGUUUUUCAGAAAAAAAAAAAUCUUUUUCCUUGUUUUUUUUAUUUGAAACAGUGCUGAUUGCUGCAUUAAUUAUUUGUCAGUACUGAAGUUACACUUAUAUAUAUUCUCCAAACUUGUUCAUCUAACUGUAAGGGACAUAUUUUGUGAUAGCAGCAAAGUGUAAUAAAACUGUUUAAAACAAAAA